GCGUUAUGGGGCGGGGCGGUGACGUCAGCGCGUGCUUACCUCCGCGCGUGCGUGCGCGCUGCGCCCUUUUCCUACUGAGUCCGACUCCAUUUUGAUCUGAGGCUCGUGCCGGCGAGAACCAUGCAGCUCUUCGUCCGCGCCCAGGCCCUGCACACCCUCGAGGUGUCUGCGCAGGAGACCGUCGGCCGCAUCAAGGCUCGCAUCGAGUCCCUGGAGGGCAUCGCCUCCGAGGACCAGGUGGUUCUCCUGGGGGGAGCGCCCUUGGAGGACGAUGCCGUCGUCGGGCAAUGUGGCAUCAGCGAGCUCAGCACCUUGGAGGUGGCCGCGCGUGUGCUGGGAGGUAAGGUCCAUGGCUCUCUGGCCCGUGCUGGGAAAGUGAGAGGCCAGACCCCCAAGGUGGCCAAGCAGGAGAAAAAGAAGAAGAAGACAGGCCGUGCCAAGCGGCGCAUGCAGUACAACCGCCGCUUUGUCAACGUUGUGCCCACCUUUGGCAAGAAGAAAGGCCCCAAUGCCAACUCCUAAGUAAUACCAUCCCAUGCCCAAUAAAGUAGACAGCACCCAA